AUGUUCAACCUGUAUCAGAACUUGAACAAAAGGGACGACGAUCACAAGGAAUCGGACGUCACAGGGCACGACAGAUUUUGGCAGGAACGACCCAAGACCCGUCGAAAACGACGAGCCGUUAAUCGAAGGACUCAAAGUGCUAUCGAAUUAGAUUCCGAGGCGAUCGUCUCGGCACGAGGUGCUCUUCGCCGUGGAAGAAGCGCGAGCAUCGAAGAUGAAGACAGUGACGAAGAGAAGAGUUACCAGUUGACCAAUAAAAUCGACAAUCUAGCCAAAAUAUUGUUCAAUCGCGUAUCCGCUGCAAGGGGUUGCAAGGAAUCGGACGUCAGAAAUGGAAGACACAAUUAUACAGCGUUGGGUCACGGACCAUCGGUCUGCGAGGACGUUGGCGAAUACAUGGAAAUGGAGAAAAGAUCUAGGGAUCGUGCCUUAUCAGUUUGCCAGGCUUAUAUUCGAAGAACGCCACGCUAUAGUCUCGUCAAGCAGCUGAAUAAUCUCGGCUCUAGAAUGGACAAGCACUGGUUCACGGUGAGAGACACUUCUCUAAAGACCGAUCGACUAAUCACCUUAGCUCCGCUAAGCAGAAACUGCUCGUUGAGCAUUUCUCCUUUAACUAAGAACAUUCUGAACGACUUGUUCUUAGCCUUGCAACAUCCGUACAUAUGUCCUAUAUUCGAUAUCGAUUUUCUCGAGUUCGAGAGUCAAAAUUACGUGAUAGUAGUGCAGCCGAUCAGUCAAGGUAGCUUAAAAGAUUUGAUCUAUGGGAUCGAAAGAACCGGUUGGAACGAAGAUUGGAGUCAAAAGUACGCUUCUCGCGGCAAAGGACUUCCUUUACCUCAGGUUCAACAAAUGGGACGUCAAGUGCUGGAAGCGUUAAUCUUCUUGAAAGAAAGAGGAUUUCCAACCGUGACCCAUUUACAUUCCGGUAACGUGCUCGUACAAAACGGUGUCGCACGGCUUGCCGGCCUCGAGAACACGCUCCUCGGCUUCACCAGUCGUAUACACCCUGUUAUUACCUCUCGAAUUUCUCAAACAAUCUCGAUCGACAUAAUAUGUUUCGGUCACAUGCUAUUUGAAAUGUGCGCUGGUUACGAGUUACCAUCGUUUAAACCGAAUUCCGUGCAUCUUUCGGAUCUUGAAAUGUAUCCACAAGUCAUCGAAUUACUGAAAUUCAUAUUCAGCGAACCAUCUAACCGUCAUAAAACCAUCGAAGAGCUUCUCGUUCACGAUUUAUUCCGAAACAUCGAUCUUCGCGAAAUGCGAAGUGCUCCAGUCACGAUAUUUCGUCCGACAUUAACACCGCCUAUCGUCAACUUACUCGACGGUAUUAAACGACAGAACGCUAACAAGAGAAUCACACGUUUGGAUAGCGGAGACAUCGAUGCGACGACUCUGCACAGACCGCAUACAGUUUGCAAGAAUUCGUUACUCGACGAAAUAUACAACGAGCUUUCAAACACGGCUGUAUAAUUGUGGGAACAAUUGUUCAUCUUGUCGCGAUUUUAUCUAUAGAAGAUCCAUACGUUUCUUUACCGAGUGCCAAACAAUUCUCCUCGAUUCUUUAUUCUUAGCAGUUGUGUAUAUCUCUGAACGAAUUUAUUAAAAAAGAG